AUGAAGGCGCGAAGUUGUGUGUACUUGCCUCAAAUAGAUGCAGAAUUUGAGCAGUUCUGCCAAAGUUGUGAAUCUUAUCAACAAGCGGCAAAGGCACCUCCAAGAUAUUCGUGGCACUCUUGGCCCGAGUCGAAGAAGCCCUGGCAGAGAAUCCACUUGGAAUAUGCGGGACCAAGCAACGGUCAUUCUUAUUUCAUUUUGAUUGUUUCCUACACAAAAUGGCCCGACGUGCUUCCGAUGCAAAAUCCCACCGCCCAGCACACUAGCAAUGGGCUGAACAAACUGUUCCACUAUUUUGGCACCACGGAGAUGCUGGUUACAGACAACGGAGCCCAGUUCACCUCAACGCUGUUCCGAGAAAUUUGCAGGAUAAACGGAAUUCAGCACAAGUUUUCGCCGCUGUACCAUCCACAAUCGAAUGGGCAAGCCGUACGGUUUGUAGAUACCUUUAAACGUACUCUUCUCAAAGCGGAAGCAACAAGAGUGUCACGAGAUGCAAUUCAGCCGUUUUUGAGAAUGUAUCGAAACACUCCGAAGCUAAACACACCGGAGGGUAAAUCACCUUCUAAAUGUCUAUUUGGACGAAAAAUUACUACGACAUUCGAUAGCCUGAUUGCGAGAAAUGUUAGAAAACGCAACGGACAACCAAGAGAGGAGCAGGAUAACAGCCUUCGCAGGUUCACGAUUGGCGACUUGGUGUAU